GAAAGAGAUAGAGGAUAACCUUUACAAACUCUUAUUUUGAAUGUGUGGAAUGGUUAAAUUGCAUGGUAAUUUUUAUUUUUAUAAAUAAUAAUUGUGUUGUUACGUUAUGAAGAACCGUAUAAUGUUGCUUGCAAAUGUGCAAUAGUCAUAUCUGUCGUGUAUAAAUUUGGUGCGAAAACUGUUGAUGGUCAAUAAUGUUAUUUUGUCCGACGUGUGCCAACGUUCUUAUGGUAGAGGAAGGUCCAGAGUCUGGACUACGGUACGCCUGUAACACUUGUCCUUAUGUGUACAACGUUAGAAGGAAGGUGUCCUCACGCACAUUCCCUAAACUAAAGGAGCUUGACUAUAUUAUGGGCGGAGCUGCCGCCUGGGAGAAUGUAGACUCGACGGAUGCUGUGUGCCCGAAGUGCGGACAUGGUAGAGCAUUCUUCAUGCAACUCCAAACUCGCUCAGCCGAUGAACCCAUGACUACAUUCUAUCGCUGUUGCAACCACAAGUGUGCACAUAACUGGCGUGAUUAGUUCCUACUGUGAAAGACUAAAAGCAGUGAAUCAAAAACUUGUACACCAAAUGAGUAUGAAUUUCUUCCAAAAACUUAAUUUAUUUAGUAGUUUUUUACUUAGAUACAAAAGUGCUUCAGUCAAAAUGAAGAUAGAUAAGAUGGCUCCAGUAAUAUCAAGCUUUGAAGAUUAUGCUUCCUCAAAAGCUGCAGAAUUCUUGGGCAAAGGUCAGGUCAUUGCGGUGCCAACUGACACAAUAUAUGGACUGGCAUGUAGUGCCAACUGUCCAGAUGCUAUAAAAAAAUUAUAUGCAAUAAAAGGUAGAGAUUCAGCCAAACCAGUGGCUAUUUGUGUGUCAUACAUUAAAGAUGUAAGAAAAUGGGGUGAAGCUGACCAUUUGCCAGAUGAUUUACUUCACAGCCUGCUACCUGGACCAGUUACAGUUGUAUUAGAAAAAACAAAAUAUCUUGACAAUCCAUUCCUGAAUCCUACUGCUACAAAAAUAGGCGUAAGAAUACCUGACCAUGAUUUUGUGAACAGAGUCACCAAGAUUUUUGAUAAACCUGUUGCAUUGACAAGUGCGAACUUCAGUAAUGAACCAUCCACAUUGUCUAUUAAAGAGUUUGAACACCUCUUUGGUCAUUUAGGAGCAGUUUUUGAUGGUGGGGUGUUAAGUCAAGGACUUGAACAGAAUAGAACUGGAUCUACAGUGGUAGACUUGUCGCUGCAAGGCACCUACAAUGUCAUACGAAGAGGUAUCUCCUAUGAUAGGGUGGUGAAGAUAGUCGAAAGUUUUGGUUUAAAAAGUAUUGUUUAAGUUAUUUAUGGACCCUGUGAUAGAUUUAUGUUUGAAAUAAAUGUUAUAUUACAAUA